CUUAUUUGUCAUACCCAUUUGUGAAAACAAAAUGCCCUGGUCUUGAUCAUGGAGAAUAGCCGAUUGUAUCCUUUUUCCGGCGAGUUGUAAGGCCACUUGGCGGCGGCGAUUCUAGAUUAGGGUUUUGAUUUGGGUUCGUUAGGGCUUUGAAGAGUUGUUGUUAAGUGAAAAAUGGAGGAAUAUAAUAAUCAUGUAAACGAAAACUCAAAUCCGAGAGGGAAUUUCUUGUACCCAUCGGGAGUUGUUGGGGGGAAUUCUUCAUCUGGUAAUUUCGGAAGGUCAUCUAAUCCGACGGCUCACAUGGGUCUCAAUUCCUUUCAUCUUCAACAAGGAACCGACUGUUUUCAAACCGACCAUUCCCACCCGAUUGUCAAGACGGAAGCCAGUUCUUCACACCAUCAGCUCCACAAAUUUCACCACCCUUUACUCAGAGGAGGAGGAGGAGGACAGCCGCCGCCGCUGACGACAUGUCGGCCUGACCAACACGGCUUACUCGAUGUGGAAGCCAUUAAGGCCAAAAUCCUUGCUCAUCCUCAAUACUCCAGCCUCCUGGAAGCCUACAUGGAAUGUCAAAAGGUGGGUGCUCCGCCGCAAGUGGUGGAACGCCUGGUGGCGGCUCGGCAUGAAUUCGAAACACGGCAGCGAUCUUCCAUGGUUUCUGGAGAGACCAUUAAGGAUCCAGAACUUGACCAAUUCAUGGAAGCUUAUUACGACAUGUUGGUGAAAUAUCGGGAGGAACUUACAAGGCCGAUUCAAGAAGCCAUGGAUUUCAUGCGACGGGUCGAAUCUCAGCUCAGUUCUCUCUGCAACGGCCCACUUCGGAUCUUCAAUUCCGACGAGAAGUGUGAGGGUAUGGGAUCGUCGGAGGAGGAACAAGAAAAUAGCGGCGGAGAAACCGAGCUACCGGAGAUCGACCCACGUGCCGAAGACAGAGAAUUGAAGAACCACCUAUUGAGAAAGUACAGUGGCUACUUGAGCAGUCUCAAGCAAGAACUUUCAAAGAAGAAGAAAAAGGGAAAGCUCCCAAAAGAUGCAAGGCAGAAGCUUCUUAAUUGGUGGGAGUUGCACUACAAAUGGCCAUACCCUUCAGAGACGGAGAAGGUGGCAUUGGCUGAGUCCACUGGGUUGGAUCAGAAGCAAAUAAACAAUUGGUUCAUAAACCAAAGGAAGAGACACUGGAAACCCUCUGAAGAUAUGCAGUUCAUGGUCAUGGAUGGGCUUCACCCUCCCAACACUGCUCUCUAUAUCGACGGUCACUACAUGACCGAUGCCCAUUAUCGACUCGGACCGUGACUCACCCGACCACAAACGCCUCCGAAAGUGUCAUUCCUUCAUAUAAUACCAACCAAAUAGCGUGACAAACAAUAAUUAUGUUUCAUAAGCGUCGAGGAAAUAAUAAUAUUUGUUAUUUAGAACCUCAUGAAUGUAUAAUGUUAAUUUCUCUCUUUAUCAA